AUGUAUGCGAACUGGCAUCAGAACAACCCAAACAAGUCUCGAAGGAGCGACCGAAGCAAGAAUGGCUGCUUAACAUGCAGCACCCAAAAUGUGGGCACUGCCUGCGUCUGCAACGUCAUUGCUUCAUCGUCGCUAAGUCCAUCGACGACGCCAGUGCCAGAGACAAUAGAGCAGCAACCGGCUGUGCCGCUCCCAACUUCGCCUUCACUUCCAGGCAACAACCAAGGUCCGGCAGAUUUCUUUGAUUAUGCUAGCUUUCUCUGGGAUGUCCCAAUUUCACCUGCCAUCGACUUUCAAAGCACCGCUUGGACGACCUCUCCGGAUAGCGCAAUGUCGGAGUUGAACCCCACUACUUCAAAUGUCGCCCAAAGAAAGCCAGAAGUGCCCGUUUCAGUCCUCACCAUCUCAGAUCUACCAAAUGUUAGUCAACUUCUCGAACAUUUCAAACAGUCUGACGCCCCACCCAUAUUGGCCCCGGUUGAGACAAAGUCUCGGUGGAGAUUGAUGAGGAAUCACUUGAUCUCCAUGGCAUCAAAUUCACUCAUGGUUCACUACGCCAUCCUGGCGUUCUCUGCGUUGCAGCUACAGCGUCAGUCAGACAGGUUACAGUCCGAUUUCAGUUCAUACUACACUCAAAGUCAAGAAGAAAUAUCCAAAUCGCUUCUUGAACAUGAUGGAAAGGUUGAUAUCAUAGGAGCUAAAGUUCAACAUGUUCUCGCUGCAUUAUUCCUUCUGAGUUAUAUUGACCUUGUAGCCAAUCGAACUACCUUUGCACAUCCCAAUCUUCGUAAAGCUUACUUGAUUGUUUCAGAUUCCGAUCAAGGCAAUUGGGAUCCAGCAGAAAAGACAUUAGUUCGUUGGAUUCGACUCCUCGAUGCUCGAGCCGUGUCUGCUGGCGGAGAAGGCCUGUUCCUUGGUGAGGAUCAUGAAGCUCAUGACUUCAGCGGCAGUCUAUCUCCUUCAGAGAGGGAUGCCGAAGCUGUAUUAGCCGACAUUUUGUCCCAGCCUGCACUACGCUUUUUCCAAAAGACUCAAUCUUUUAUGGGCCGCAUCACCAAAAUUGAUCAAUGGCAUCGAAGUCGUGGAACAGUGGAGGACGAAACCGAGGUGAUGGCCAUUGCCGCCCAAAUCCAGAAGGAUAACCAUAAGCUGUUCCGCCAUCGUCACCCAAUUCUCGACAUUGCAGUGACAGGAAGGCUUGAAGCUCCUCUUCUAGCACCAGCCCUGGCCGAACAAUUGACCAGGACAUCUAGAAUGGCCAUGGCCAAUUUCCAUGCUUCAUUCAUUCAUCUCCAUCGAGUCGCAUACAAACAUUUGCCACGGACGGUGGAAGUGCAUAAUGCCAUGAGCGUGAUGAGGCAGACCACCAGGGCCAUGGUUGACGCUCAAGGACCAGACGACACACUUCCAGUCAACAUGCUCUGGCCCCUGCUGAUGUGGGGUUCUGAAGAGGAGAAUCCUGACGACAGGGUUUGGAUCUUAUCAAUCGUUCGCAGCAUGUCUAAGACUGUCAGCAACGCCGGGAUAACCGCCGAUGUCCUCCAAAAUGUUUGGCAGCGGCAAGAUCAGACUGGACAACGUGCAGACAUUCGCACAGUUAUGCAUGAGACGUUUAAUUCUUGUUUUGCAAUUGUCUAG